AUGGCCCCGCGCGCGGGACGGCCCGAGCUUCGGGGGCCGCUGCUGCCGGGGCUGCUGCUCGCGGCGGCGGCGCUGAGCCGGCCCGCCGCGCCCUGCCCCUUUCAGUGCUACUGCUUCAACAGCCCCAGGCUGCUGCUGAGCUGCGCGCCGGGCGCCGAGCUCCGGCAGCCGCCCCGGGACGUGCCGCCCGACGCGCGCAACCUCACCAUCGUGGGCGCCAACCUGACCGUGCUGCGCGCGGCCGCCUUCGCCGACGGGGACGGGGGCGCGGGCGUGCGCCUGCCCUUCCUCAGCGCGCUGCGCCUCACGCACAACAACAUCGAGGUGGUGGAGGACGGCGCCUUCGACGGGCUGCCCAGCCUGGCGGCGCUCGACCUGAGCCACAACCCGCUGCGCGCCCUGGGCGGCGGCGCCUUCCGCGGGCUCCCGGCGCUGCGCUCGCUGCGGCUCAACCACGCGCUGGACAACCCCUUGCGCUGCGGCUGCCCCGCGCGCCCCCUGCUGGCCUGGCUGCGCAACGCCACGGAGCGCGUACCCGACGCGCGCCGCCUGCGCUGCGCCGCCCCGCGGGCGCUGCUCGACCGGCCUCUGCUGGACCUGGACGAGGCGCGGCUGCGCUGCGCAGACGGCGACCUCGACGGGCGUGGAGAGGAGGCCGACGCCGCGGGCCCGGAGCUGGAAGCCUCUUACGUCUUCUUCGGGCUGGUGCUUGCGCUCAUCGGCCUCAUCUUCCUCAUGGUGCUCUACCUGAAUCGCCGCGGCAUCCAGCGCUGGAUGCGCAACUUGCGCGAGGCCUGCCGGGACCAGAUGGAGGGCUACCACUACCGCUACGAGCAGGACGCGGACCCGCGUCGCGCGCCCGCGCCCGCCGCCCCCGCCGGCUCCCGCGCAACGUCCCCAGGCUCCGGCCUCUGAGCCUCGCGCCUGGAGGUGGGGGCCGCCCCGCCGGCCGAAGACCUCGCUGGGGAGCGCGGAGCUCCGGGCCCACCCAGAGCAGCCCUAGACGUGGACUAUGGCGUUCCCUUCGGGUGCUCCAAGCUGUACCCCCUCCCAGGAGUCACCACAUCUGAUUCCACAAACUGCACCUGCCCACCUGCUCUGAAAGCCCGCACAUGCUUUCCAGAAUCACCUAGAGACUCUUUCAAUCCCGGAAACAGACAGCCUCCACCACUCUGCUUUGAGCCUGCUGCCUGCCCUGCACUGACCCUAACCCCAGCUGAAAGCCCUCGGUCCCUCUUCCCACGGCUCAGAGGCUUCACGUCCCAUUCUGGUCUCCAAAGCCAAGCGCCCCCAUCAGAAGGAUUUUUAGACUUUGAGCCCUUUGUGCUGCCCAGGAGCUCUGAGCCUCCAUUCUGCUUGGAGACCUGCGUCCUGGGGCCAACGGUUGGCCCCAGCCCCUACCCUGACGGUGCACUCCGCACCCCAGCCCUGGCUCAGCCCCUCUCUUCCGUGGCUCGGGUUUAAGACUUCCAUCCCAUCUGCCUUUCCCUUUCCAAGGAGGAGCAGCCGUUUUCUAGCCUUCAUGUGGCUUCCAUCCUCAGCCUUCUCCACCAGUGUUCUGACCCCUCACCACUCUCUAUAGAUGCCCCGACCUCAGACUCCUCACUCAUCCACCCGAGGUUCAUGUCCCCACCUAAGUUUAAGCUCUCAUUCCCCUAUACCCAUAACUUGGGCUUGUAGCCACCCUGCCCUUCCCCUGCCAGAGUUCCAUCGAGGAAUCCAUGGCUGGGCUGGGCCACCCCCUUCCCUCCCAGGAUGAGCUCUCAGCCCCACGAGACAAGUGCAGAUGCCAGCAUCUCCAGUCCUCAUGGGGAAGGAGAGUGCUCGUUGUGUCCCGGAUGGUGGCACAUCAGAGCCGGGGUUGCAGGCCCUUCAUGGCCUCAGAGUUGUGAGGGAGGGCCUGUUUCUUCACGCUGCUCUCCCCUGCCCCACUGUCUUGGGGGACUCCUUGUCACCACACCCCCACCCCAGCUGGUAGGCCUCUGGGAGAGGAUUAGGGUCUCACUUCCUGUCUCAGGCACAAACCCUCCUGUUCAGGGUCAGAGCCUCAGCGCCCUGCCUUGUGCAUGAUCCCAAAGCACAAUUGGUGAGUGGGGACUCGGCUGUCCUCCCUGACCCCUGCCGCAGGCCAGGCAGAACGGCUGGCCUGUGCUGCCUCUGCUCACAGGAUGUCUCCUUCCCUUACCAUGUCGGCUCCAGGCCCACCUUCCUAGCCCUUC